AUGAUGUGGCGCGUGUUCGGGGACGCGGCCUAUGUUCUGGCCCUCCUCGACUCGCCCUCGUCCCUGCUGGUGACACUGCCCACGUUGGUGGUUGACCUGCGCCAGCUGUCAGAGCAGCGGCGCAAGGUGCAUGCACAGCAGGGCUCCGCACUCAUCAGCCGCCUGGCGGCGCUGGCCAAGCAGUGCCCGGCGGCAAAUGCGCCUGGGGACGCGGAGCCGGGUCCCGGCGGCGGCGUCGACAUGGGCAUCGAGGGCGGCGUAGGCAGCCUUGACCGCCGCGGCGCUGCGAGCAGCAGCGUUGCUGACGGGGGCGCGCUUGGCGCAAGUGUGGCGAGCAGCAGCCGGGGCAGCAGCGACGGCGGCGGCGGCGGCGGCGGCGCGGGUGUCUCAAGCGGGGGCACCAGCGGCGACGACAGCUGCGCCGUGAGCGAGUGCGGCGGCAGCGACAGCUGCGGCAGUGAGAGCGUCUCCGCCUGA